GAGGUUGCAGACAUCAUCGGUGCAGACCCAAGGGAGAUAGUUUUCACUAGUGGAGCAACAGAGUCCAACAACAUCUCUGUUAAGGGUGUGGGCAGAUUCUACAAGAGUAAGAAGAAACAUGUCAUCACAACACAGAUUGAGCACAAGUGUGUGCUGGACUCCUGCAGGGCCCUGGAGGGGGAGGGGUUUGAUGUGACCUACCUGCCUGUCAAACCCAAUGGAAUUAUUGAACUUGAGAAACUGGAAGCAGCCAUCAGACCAGACACAUCACUGGUCUCCAUCAUGACUGUCAAUAAUGAGAUAGGAGUGAGUCAGCCAAUCAAGGAAAUAGGUGAACUGUGUCGGUCUAAGAAGGUGUUCUUCCACACUGAUGCUGCCCAGGCCAUUGGAAAGAUUCCUCUGGAUGUGAAUGACAUGAAGAUAGACCUGAUGUCCAUCAGUGGCCACAAGAUAUACGGGCCAAAGGGUGUGGGAGCCCUGUACAUCAGACGACGACCUCGGGUGAGGAUUGAAGCCCUGCAGAGCGGAGGUGGUCAGGAGAGAGGCAUGAGGAGUGGCACUGUGCCUGCACCCCUGGCUGUGGGGCUGGGGGCAGCCUGCCGUAUCUCACAGCAGGAGAUGGAGUAUGACCAUAAGAGGAUCACAGCCCUGUCUGAGCGUCUAAUCAACAAGAUCAUGAGUGCCCUGCCCCAGGUGGUGAGAAAUGGGGACUCUGAGCAGACAUAUCCUGGUUGUGUCAACUUGUCCUUUGCAUAUGUGGAAGGAGAGAGUCUGCUGAUGGCACUGAAGGACAUUGCCCUGUCUUCAGGGAGUGCCUGCACAUCUGCCUCUCUGGAACCAUCCUAUGUGUUGAGAGCCAUUGGAGCUGAUGAAGACCUGGCACAUUCCUCUAUCAGGUUUGGCAUUGGGCGGUUUACAACAGAAGAGGAAGUAGAUUACACUGCAGAGAGAACCAUCAAGCAUGUCACAGCACUGCGGGAGAUGAGUCCUUUGUGGGAGAUGGUUCAGGAGGGUAUCGACCUGAAGAAUAUCAAGUGGUCGCAGCACUAGGUGGCUUCUGCUCAUCCAAAGCCUGUCAUGGAGCACCAGGGCCUCCUUGGAGUGGGCUCUUCAAGCCUGUAAGUCUCCAUGGAGUAGGACCUACAUGGAUAGCUGAUGUAUAUGUGCAAGCCAUCUAAAGUGAAACAAAACUUUUCAGUUCUCCAAAGACAAAAAGUUUUAUCAACAAGUGAUGGUGGGAUAUGUUGAUGAUAUAAUACUUGGUUAUGUAUAAAAGCUCCUUGAUAAAAUCUGAUAUGGACAGUUAUAAUGCCUAAAGCUCUUGUAUUGAUGAAGCAAGCCUGUGUAUCAUAUGAAGGUGAAUAUAAUAUACUGGAUGUUCGUCAAAUUUUACUGAAGCAACUUUCGAACGAGUAAGGUGUUCAAGAAAUAACUCCUUGAGGUAGAUACUGCUCAAGGAAGGUGACAUGCAGAUAUGUACAUGUGGCAGGUAUAAAGGAAUUAAAAGCAACUUUGCAAACUG